ACUCUUUUUCUGUUUAAGCCCACUCCCUCUUUCUUUUUUCUCAGAAAAUAAAGUUCUCACAGAGAAAGACAAAAAUGUGCUUCCAUGCAUCCGUAUGCUGUUCUCAGGGUGGAUUUGGAGGCUUGGCUCAAUGUAUGUUUAUACGUUUCAACAGUUUUAAAAAGUGCAAAAAACUAUUUUUUUCGUAACCAAAAAAAAAAAAAAAGUCAAAGCUGCAAUAAUGAGGUAGUCCUAAUUAGCAACAUUUCGCUGCUUGAGCACUUUAUCAACAAAACAAUUUUUUUUACAUAUAAGCAUAUAACAAGUAAUAUUUAUUUAUUUAUUAAGAUGGUACGCCAAAAAAAAAAAAAAAAAAAAAAAAAAAAAAAGCUCUUUGGAUGCGUUUACAAUAAGUUUGUAAACUGGUUGGCCAAAUCACGUGAGCAAUUCGGUUCUGACGUCAUUAAGGAUCUUGAGUGAGUAUGAAAACUUUACAGCAGCAGCAGCAGCAACGCGGUGUGCGUGUGUGCACGCGCGCUAUACUCUCAGGUCAACAAAUGAAUGGAUCCUGCUCGCGUAUGGGCGAUUUUUCCUUCACCAUCUAAUUUUGGAUUCAAUGCAUUUAUCAUUCGGGAUCAGUGAUGACUUGGCUUCUGGUGUGGGUUCUUCUAGUUGCUUGUGUACCACAGAUUCACAGGGCAUUUGCCCAGGAUCCUUCUAAGAUGCUGUCCAUACCAGAGCCCAUGGCCCCGGAGCCCUAUAACCGCACCCAGUACUGCCAAUGGCCCUGCAAAUGCCCUAAAACUCCCCCCACCUGUCCGCCAGGUGUUAGCCUGAUCACGGACGGCUGCAAUUGCUGCAGAGCAUGUGCCAAACAGGUGGGGGAGGUUUGCAACGAGAAAGAAAACUGUGACCAUCAUCGUGGCCUUUACUGUGAUUACAGCGCAGACAAGCCUAGGUACGAAAAAGGAGUAUGUGCGUAUCUGCCAGGCACUGGCUGUGAGCACAAUGGUGUGAUCUAUCGCAACGGCCAGAGCUUUCAGCCCAAUUGCAAAUACCAGUGUCUGUGUGUUAAUGGGGCGAUCGGAUGUGUCUCGCUGUGUAAUGAGUCUCAGCCCCCCAGGGUCUGGUGCCAGAACCCACAGCGAGUUAAAAUCCCCGGCCGCUGCUGUGAGCUGUGGAUCUGUGACGAGUCCAGGAGGGGGCGCAAGACAGCGCCUCGACACACAAUGGCCGCCCUGUCUAGUGUGAAGGACAGCUGGAACAAGAACUGUGUGACCCAGACAACCUCGUGGAGUCCCUGUUCAAAGACCUGCGGCCGUGGAGUGUCUUUACGCAUAACUAACAACAACAAACAGUGUCAGAUGGUCAAAGAGAGCAGACUCUGCAACAUCCGGCCUUGCAAAGUGGAUAUCACAAAGCACAUCAAGCCUGGAAAGAAGUGCUUGAAUAUCUACAGGGCGGAGAGGCCACAAAACUUCACCAUCUCUGGUUGCACUAGUACAAAAACAUAUUGGCCCAAAUUCUGUGGCGUGUGUACAGAUGAGCGCUGCUGCAUCCCCUUCAAAUCUAAGACUGUUGAGGUCGAUUUUCAGUGCCCGAAUGGAUCCGGCUUCACCUGGCAGGUCAUGUGGAUUAACGCCUGCUUCUGCAACCUGAGCUGUAAGAACCCCAAUGACAUAUUUACAGAUCUAGAGCAGUACCAUGAGAGAAGUGAGAUUGAAAAAUGAGUGACCUUGAUGAGAAGUGAAUAUAAAGAUUGUUUUUCUUUUAUUUGUUAAUAUUUAAUCAACCAUCAUCAUUCUUUCUUAUGUAAGACUUUUUUUCCAUUUGGAAAAAUGAAAUAAACUGACAUAUCCUAAUAUAUGCUAUUUUAAGACUAUGUGGCCUUUUUUCACAUUUGUUAGGUUAUUUCAACCAAGAUUAUUGUGUCACAUUGUGACAAAUCCUUAUGUACAAAUUAUGCAAGUAAUAGAUAUGUAAAAAGACAAGUUCUGUAGUUAGAAUUUAAUUUAUGCAAAGUUUAUGUAAAGAAGGAAUCUGUAUUGCUUCUAUCUAUUGAUUUUGUUUUGUAUUUUCAUACCUUUUUUUUUCUCCACAAUUAUGCUCUUAAAUGACACUAUAGUCCUUGGAGUUAUGCCUUAGUGUGACUUUCCAUAUACUAUAGCGUUGUGUAUGGAGUUAUCAAAUAAACACAGACCAAAAAACCGAGUAACCAGCUUUUUAUUUUUUUUUUUUAAUAAAUACAAACUGUUAUUCCAUUAAAAAUGCAGUGCAUCAGGUUGUUUUACAUCUUUACAAAGCUGCAAGCAUUUGUUUUAGUGUGCGUGGAAGAGCAGGUGUUGCUUAUAUUUCUCUCUCUUUCUGAACGAUCCUUCGCUUUAUUCUUUCAAAGCCUUGAGAAAAAGAAAGCAUCCAGUCCAAGUAGAGGAUUCCAUGGCACAUUUUGUUCUGUUGUGCUUGAUUGCAUAGAAAUCAUCAGUUACAAACAAAAAAAACAACAAAAA